AUGCCGACAUCUGAAGCAGAAGAUGAAGAAAUUGAGGCAACAUAUGGGAAAAUAGAAGAAGCGUGUAAAAAAGUACCAAACAAGGAACCGUUGCUUAUUAUAGGAGAUUUCAAUGCUAAGGUCGGCAAAACAUAUGACGAACAACUGAAAGAUGUUGUUGGAGCUUAUGGCAUUGGAGAUAGGAAUGAACGAGGAGAACGCCUGUUACAAUUCUCUAUAGACAACAAUUUCUCUAUAAUGAAUACCAUGUUCAAGCAUCAUCCGCGUAGAUUAUCUACUUGGACACAUCCGAACCAAAUAUAUAAAAAUCAAAUAGAUUACAUAUUGAUCCGUAAAAGAUGGAGAACUUCUGUACGAAACGUGAAAACUAGACCUGGUGCAGAUUGUGAUACCGACCACAAGUUACUGGUAUGCAACUUUAUGCUUAAACUUCAUUGCAUAAGUAGAUCGCAGCAGGGGCAAAAACUCACGAUUACUGAUAGGGAUGGGUUUAUGCAAAAGUUAAUUUCAACGUCACCUGAUAACAUACAAGAAACUGAAGGAUCAAAUGAAUAUUGGAACAAGUUCAAAAAAUGGAUAGUGUCAGCCGCAAUAGAAAGCAGAACGAUACAGAGGCAACAAAAACAACACUGGAUUUCAAAUACCACGCUGCAGCUUGUUGAUAAGAGAAGAGAAUUACGUCACCACGGUAGAACUACGAGUCCAGAAGAAAUCAAAAAGCUGAACAAACAAAUUAAAAAAGCUUGCUUCAUGGACAAAAACAACCACAUUGCGAAAGUUUGUGCCGAUUUAGAGAGAUACUCCACACAGAAUGAUACAAAAGAACUAUUUAAAACGGUAAAGUAUCUGGUGAAAGAAUUCAAUCCUCAAAAACAAAUCAUAAAAGAUGAAAAUGGAAAAACGUUUACAGAUGAGAAAGAAGUUGCAGAAGUAUGGAAACAAUACUGUACAAAACUGUUCAGUACCAGUGUUAAUGAUGUGUCAAAUCUGCAGUUUGAGCAAGAACUGGAACCACAAAUAAUAAAAUCUGAGGUAAGAAGCGCAAUAAAUAAACUAAAAAGCGGAAAAUCGGCUGGACUAGAUGGAAUAACUGCAGAAAUCUUGAAAGUAAUGGAAGAUCAUGCCAUAGAUCACUUAUUGGCCCUGUGUAAUAUUAUAUGGCAAACAGGGGUAUGGCCAGAUGACUGGGUGGAUUCUAUAUUCAUACCAAUUUAUAAAAAAGGCUCUCCUCAGAUAUGCUCAAACUAA